AUGGAUUCUCCGCCAUCAUGCUCUCUUAGUACUACAGGUCCUUUAAGUGAAUUUGGUAGCAGUGGGCUUGGUGGAUCGAUAUCAAGCGAUUCUGUAAGAGCUCAGCUUGCUAUUGAGAUGCAAGAAAGUGAUAUGGAAAGUAAAUCUUUGUCUCAAGAUUCAUUCGAUUAUUCUGAUGGAAUGAGUAAUCAGAAUUUUAAUACUUUAAAAAAAGGACCAGGGUGGGCAGACUUAGAUAGCAAACUUGAAGUGAUAGCAGUAGUGGAUGUAGCAAUAAAACCUCCACCAGAAUUUCAAGACAGUCCGUCACCACCAGAUUCAGAACGAUCUAAUUUACCAAUAUUGUGCUAUCCACGGUCACUACGGAAAAAAAUAUCCCGGUUGAUUGAAGAAUUGAGCGAAAAUUUAGUUCAACAAAUAAUUGAAGAAGCUCUUGAUAUUUCUUGUCGUAUUUCGUGGCCUGAAGGUCGUUUAGCUCAAGUUCCUUCUACUCGAACAAUCCAAUCAACGAACAUCGCUCACAUUUUUAAUUCCAAAUUACGUUUUUGGGCAUCAGAAAUGUUACCAUCAUCAUCUUCACGUCAAGCGAGCACUGCUACGAUUACAAUAACUCCAUACAAUACACUCAAUCGUCCAAACUCACGGUGCUCAUUGGCUUCUUCACGCCUUUCAAGUUCGCAUAACUCAAUAAAUACUUCAGGUUUAUGUAAUAAGGCUGAUGAUAGCAGCUUCAUAACGUCAGCAAUGUCCCAUGAUGUAUUAACAACGAGUGAGAUAAGUGAUAUGUAUAAUGUUCCCUUUGACUCUGACAUUUAUACUGUUCCUAUCGAUGUUAUAAAACCGUUCCACGAACUGCGAAUUCCACAACGUCCAAAGCGUCAUCGUCAUCAUCGUAAAAGAAGAAGAAAUGUUUCAGCUAGCUCACAAAGUGAGUUUGAAACUCAUAUUCAGCAAACAAGACAUUAUUGUGGUAAGCCUCGUGCUGUAACUCAUGUUAUAAAAUCACAACGGUUAUUAACUGAUGUAUGUUGUAACGAAAGUGGCAACGGUAAACGUCAUAGUGUACCAGGGACUUCAGGACGACAUGGAUCACGUAUUCCAAAUAAUAGUCAUAUUCAUAACAUUGGUGAACCAAUUCAUAUGACAUUACACGAAGUGCGUCAAUAUUUGGAAACACUUUAUUCAAGUUCAAGUGACUCUAGUGACCAUAAAAUCAAGUGCAAUAAAGUAUUAACAAACCAAACACCAAUACAUCUUAGUGUACCAAAAAAUGUAAGUGUAAAUAAUAAUAACAAAUAUAGUAAUCCUCAUACUAAUUGUACAACAGAUAUAUCGAUUUCCAAUAAAAGUACUAAUGGAUUAAUAAAUAACAAUAAUAAUAAUAAUAAUCAUGCUAAUGUUAGAAAGCAUAAAAAAGGAUCGUUUGUAAAUGUUAAACAUAAAAAAGUAAAGGAUGAAUCACAUAAAGAAAAAGGUGACACUGAUAGAGAAAAAAUAAAAAAAAGCCAACGUAAUUUUUCAUUGAGUUUAAAACAAACACUGUGCAAUAUAUUUAGAUUUAGGCGAUUAGGAUCACCUGAUCAUUUUGUUGAAAAACGAAAUGAUAUUGUACAAGGUGAAAUUGUCGAAGAGGAAGAAGGUGAUUCUGAUCAAGCAGUCAAUAAUAAUAACACAACGCUGGAUAUUGAUUCAUCUGCGUUAAAAAUGCCAUUUUUUAAACGUGCGUUACCACCUUUACCAAGAAGUAAUGGACAACUAAAUAUAGAACAAGGUGAAGAUGCUUUGACGGUUAUUGAAACAAAAAUUGAUUCACCACCAGUAAUUCAUCAUGCUUUAACGCCAAAAGAAGAAGAAAUGCCGCCUGAAGAUACCAGUAUGGACUUUGCAGCUAGUAUUGAAAAAGUUAAAGAUGUAAGUUAUAUCUUGAACUUUUAAAUUAUUGUCUAAUCAUACAUUAAAAUUUAGGAAAUAGAUUUUCUUUUUUCAAUAAAUGACCGGUUUGCUAAUUUAUAAGUUAACUAUGACGUUC